ACCUUACUUGAUAAGCCAGAUCCAUCAAUGUAACGGGGAAGGUUGGCAGCGCUGGACGGCACCCCUGUAACCAAUCUAUUGCCCCUGUCAGCCCUACCCCUCAGGUACCCUAUCAAGCCUAGUUCAAGGGUCCAUGGGCGCCAGGCUUCAGCUCAUCUAACUCUCAUCUCACCUCAGCUGCGCGACAGUCUACCAUAGUCGCGACAUUCAUUUCUCUUCCCAUUCAAGUGAUCAUUCACCAGUCAUGCACUCUUGACCAAGCAAUCAACUCAAACCCAAUACCCUUCCUUACUUAUCAAUGCUCUAUCAUUAAACCAACCAGCCCAUCUUGAACCUACCUACUCAAAGAAGAACAAGAUGCGCUCCUCAACCACCACGUCCACCACCAACAUAGGAGGACUCCUGCUACUACUGGCCGGCUCCAGCACCAACCCGGCCCUCGCCCAAUCCCAAUCCCCAUCCCCAUCCUCCUCCUCCGCCCCAUCACCGUCCCCCUCCACAGUCACAGUCUACACCAACCCCGGCUCAGGCUACACAUACCACGGGUGCUACAACGAGACGACCGGCCUGCCGGGGACGUCUGGCAGCCGGGCGCUGUACGGGGGCACCAACGCGGUGCGACCGGGCCAGAUGACGGUUGAGGGAUGCUGGGAGAUUUGCCGCACGGGUGCCGGGGACAGCAAUGGUGGUACGAGUGGGAAGUUUAAGUACGCUGGGUUGGAGUACGCACGGGAAUGCUGGUGCGCCCAGUCGCUGUCCAGCUUGUCAGCAAAACUGCCCGACAGCGAGUGCAACCUGCCUUGCGAAGGCAAUACCACGCAGGCCUGCGGGGGUAUGCUGAAGCUGACGGUAUACAUCGCCAGCUCCGCUGCUGUGAACCGGGUAGCGUGGGCUGCUGGGCUGGUUGCGGUUGGAGCGGUCUCUCUGAGCCUUUUGUGAAGAGACUACUAGACUCUGGAGUGUUACAUGGUUGAAUUCUGGCGGAUUUGUUUGAUAGAACAGUUUAUACCCUUUAGAUCGUUCCACAUACCCUUUAAUCAGUUAGCUGGAAGCUCGUGUCCAGAUUGCUUCCCACUACACAGUAAACAGUAGCCAAAGUCUAUCGCUAUCAAUAGACUAUAGCACUUUACAGUCCGGCAG